AUGACAAUGGACAUUAUCGAUAUCAAGGGUAUGCCAGAUGAGCAGGUAGAAGCCAUCGCAAGAUUGGCUUUUGGUGGUGAUGUAGGAUGGCACAUAGGCCCUUUUCUAUUGGCCGUUCUCUUUGAUUGUAUACUGUUUGGCGUGGUGAGCCAGCAGUAUAUGACCUGGUGGAUGUACUCGAGGAGGACUGAAAGAAAAUGUUAUGCCUGGUUGACACACUUCCUGAUGAUAGCUUCGGCAGCAUAUACCAUCUGCGAGAUCAGCUAUGGGAUGCACAACUUUGUCUAUCAUUUCGGCCAUUACAAGGUAUUCCUUGAAGUCAAAUAUCCUCAGGUCUUCCCGCUCCUUGGCUGGAUCACUUCCGCUCCUGUACAGCUUUUCUACACCGAACGCACGUUCAAACUCAACGGGAGGAACUGGUAUCUAGUUGGGUUGCUUAUAGCUCUAAUUUCAGCCUCGUUGGGAAUGACCAUCUGGGUCUUGGUGAUAUGUCAAUAUCUCAGUUCGGAACUACAAGCUAAACUGAUCAUAGAUCAGGUACAAGCAUGGCAAUGUAUAACCCUAGCAAUCGACCUGAUCAUCACUGUCAGUAUAGGAUGGGGUUUAUACAAGUCGAGGACUGGUUGGUCGGAUACCGAUGCGUUAGUGAAGAAGUUGAUGCUUAUCACCUUGGAAACGCAACUUGGCCCGACUGUUCUUAUGUUAUGCUUCGUGAUUGAAUUUACAAUUUCCCCUCCAGCGACCUUGGGUAUCUUCUUAGAACAACUCAUUCCUAAGUUCUAUGUGGUGGGCUACCUAGCAACACUCAACUCAAGGUUCAGCCUAAGACGGGAAAGUGCACCGAUCAGUUUCGGGAAGGCUAGUCCCAGGACGCUUAAUCGAGUUAAUACAUAUGGACAUGGAUCAGAUCGACCUCAACAGGCUACAGUCAACAUCGAGACAGAAACAUAUGUUCAAUCUGUCCAAAUGCAACCUACUCCACCGGGAAUCAAUCGCAAGCCUAUUUUCGAAGAGAUCAAAGACAAAGAAUCACCCGAUGAUCAAUGGAUCCAACAUUUGGAAUUCACUUCGAAUAAUCGAUCUAAUUUGACUUUACAUGAGCACGAUACUUCCGAUGUAGUCUGA